CACUACCACCUUCUCGUUGUCGAUCCUGAUCUCAAAAUCAAAAUAUUCAGAUCUUUCUUCUUCUAUGGCGCUUCAAAUCUCCCAUUCUUUUAAGAUCCAAAUCACAAUUUAAUUCAAGAAAACAGAACACAUUUUCUUUCGAUUUUGAAACAUUCUUUUUCACUCUUUUAGAUCCAUCGUAACCAUUAUUUCUUCUUCUUCUUCUUUUUUAAUUAUUCGAAAAAUAUAUCGAUUAAAGGAAAAAAGCUUCCCAUUUCCCUCAAUUUUUUAUUAUUUCGUUUGAUGAUUUGUAGAUCUUGAAAAUGGAUCUACAGCCUUCCCCAUCGGGAAGGUCAUCGACAGUUGGUCGGACCUCUUCAUUUUCCGUCGCCGAUUCGGGUGGCCAAACGCUUUCUUCGGUCCUUAACAACCCUCAUGCUGGCAAAUUGGAAGCUUCUUGGGGUUGGUGGUCGGUCGCGCCGCCUGAAUUCACUCCUUUGACGUCCACCAAAGCGGCUUGCGACCUUACCCGAUCCGACUUCCAAUCAUACGUCUCUUCCAUCUCCGAUUCCUAUUAUCGAUUCGAGGAUAUUAGGAAUCACACCACCAAGGAGCAGACUCUCGAUGUCGAUAACAUUGGGGAAGCCCUCGUAGCUUGUUUAAGGGAGGUUCCCGCCCUUUAUUUUAAGGAAGAUUUCGCGCUCGAAGAUGGGGGGACCUUCCGGGCAGCCUGCCCUUUUACUGAUGUUUCUGAAAACAUUAUACUUCAGGAGAAAUUGUCCCAUUACUUGGAUGUUGUGGAGCUUCAUUUGGUGAAGGAGAUUUCGUUGCGCUCCAAUUCUUUCUUCGAAGCGCAAGGGCAGUUGCAGGACUUGAAUGUUAAGAUUGUGGAAGGAUGCAAUCGGAUUCGUGAUUUGAAGGAAACUAUUCGGCUCGUAGACACUGAUUUGGUUGACUCUGCUAGGCAGAUUCAGGAGUUGAAUGCCUCUAGGACCAAUUUGUUGGCUCUCCAACAUAAAUUGAAGCUUAUUCUAUCUGUUAACCAAGCCUUAUCCGCUCUUAAAUUGCUUGUUGCAUCUUCAGAGUGUGCUGGAGCUUUGGAUAUUAUCGAUGAUCUGCAACACUUACUGGAUGGGGAUGAGCUUUCUGGUUUACAUUGCUUUCGUCACCUUCGAGAUCACGUAGUCACUUCUAUAGAUUCCAUAAACAGUAUUCUUUCGGCAGAAUUUAUGCGUGCUUCAAUACAUGACAAGGGGGAUAAAGAUUCAGUUAUAUUGUUGAAAGCAAAAGCCAGGGCAUCCAUUUCCUUGAAUGGCGAGGAUGUUGGACAGGUUAACUUGGAUGAGGAAGAAACCACCAAUUUUCGAGAUCGUCUUCUGCCUCUUAUUAUUGGUUUGCUUCGAACUGCCAAGCUCCCAUUUGUCCUAAGGACAUAUCGUGAUACACUUACUGCUGAUAUGAAAACUGCUAUUAAGACUGCUGUUGCAGAGCUGCUUCCGGUUCUGGUGGGCCAACCUCUGGAAUCUGAUAUGGGUGCAGAGCGCACUGUCGAUGCAGAUGGUGGAGGCUUAUCACUUGCUAGCAAAUUAAGGAGUUUGUCAUCUGGAAGCUUUGUCCAACUUCUGGCUGCUAUUUUCAAGAUUGUACAGGCACAUUUAGUCCGGGCAGCUGAAGUGAAAAGGGCCAUUGAGUGGGUAAUGUGCAACCUUGAUGGUCAUUAUGCUGCUGAUUCAGUCGCUGCUGCAAUUGCACUUGGUGCCAUGGUUGCAGAAUCUUCUCAAGAGAGUAACGGUCAAGGUGGUGCACUUCCUCUGAGUGCAUCUUUAAGGAGUACAUCCAAGGUUCUUUCAUCCCCAGGGAAAGGAAGUGAUGCGAUAAGCCCCUCAAAUUUAUCAAAGAAUUUCAGGGCGGAUGUUCUGAGAGAAAAUGCUGAAGCGGUCUUUGCAGCUUGUGAUGCUGCUCAUGGAAGAUGGGCAAAGCUGCUUGGCGUUCGUGCUCUUCUUCAUCCUAAGCUAAGAUUGCAAGACUUUCUGAGCAUAUAUAAUAUCACUCAGGAGUUUAUAACUUCUACAGAGAAGAUUGGAGGAAGGUUGGGAUAUAGCAUCAGGGGAACACUGCAGUCACAGGCUAAAUCCUUUGUUGAUUUCCAGCAUGAAUCUCGAAUGACAAAAAUACGAGCAGUGCUUGAUCAAGAGACAUGGGUAGAAGUAGAUGUUCCUGAUGAAUUUCAGGCUAUUGUUUCUUCACUGUUUGAUUCUGAAGCAAUAGUUUCUGGAAGCAAGGAUAAUGCUGAAAGUAAUAUGACAGAAAGCUACAGCAAUGAGGGUUCACAAGUAGGUUCUGUGGCGCAGAAUGAACCAACUGAUUCUAGUAGCACAACUGCGGUAAAUGCUGCCCAAGGGAAGGCUGAGGUGAUUGAGAGAAAGAAAUCUGAUGCAGUAACUUCAUCUCAGAGUAAUAACAGUAAUACAAAGGAACGUGGAAAAAAUGCUACUCAAACACUUGAAUGUGGCGGUGUUAGUUAUCACAUGGUUAACUGUGGCUUAAUAUUGCUGAAGAUGCUGUCAGAGUACAUUGACAUGAAUCAUCUUCUGCCAGCACUAUCCUUGGAGGUGGUUCAUCGUGUUGUGGAGAUUCUAAAAUUUUUCAACACGAGAACAUGCCAACUUGUUUUAGGUGCUGGAGCCAUGCAGGUUUCUGGUUUGAAGUCCAUUACUUCUAAACACUUGGCCUUGGCAAGUCAAGUCAUUAGUUUCAUAUAUGCUAUCAUUCCUGAAUUGAGGCAAAUCCUGUUCCUCAAAGUUCCUGAACCUCGAAAGUCACUUUUGCUGUCAGAGUUUGAUCGAGUUGCACAGGAUUAUAAGGUUCACCGGGAUGAAAUUCAUACAAAGCUUGUUCAGAUAAUGAGAGAGAGGUUGUUGGUUCAUCUGCGUGGACUACCCCAGAUUGUUGAGAGCUGGAAUAGACCAGAAGAAGCUGACCCACAGCCCAGUCAAUUUGCUAGGUCUCUCACUAAGGAAGUUGGGUUCCUCCAACGAGUUUUAUCUCGUACAUUGCAUGAAGUAGACGUUCAAGCAAUUUUCAGGCAAGUUGUUGUAAUCUUCCAUUCACAAAUUUCAGACGCAUUUUCACGCUUAGAGAUCAGCACUCCCCAGGCAAAAGAUAGACUGUACCGCGAUGUUACACACAUUCUUGGAUGCAUUCGGUCAUUGCCUUCUGAUAAUUCGAAUAACUCUGCUACCCCAAACUGGGGGCAACUGGAUGAGUUCUUAGCACAAAGGUUCGGGGCCGAAGCCAGUUGAGAAUUAUUGUUUUGUACAGUAAUAGAGAUAUCCACAUUUGAAGGAAACACUUGAAAGGAUUUUUAUCAGAAACCAAUCCUCAGCCUAUGCAAAUUGCUUUUGUAGAAAUGACUCAAGGUAAGGAAUCUAUGAAUCUAUUCUAUUUCUUCGGUCCCCCCUAGAUUCAAUUGUUGAAAUGUUUUUUAAGUUAGAAAAUCGAGAUAUUAUAAACCUACAUUUGAGAACCACAAUCUUGUUUCUCUACCUAUUGUCAUUGAUCUUUUAACCCUUCACCAUUGGGUUGAUCUUGGUCAUAGAGAUAUUGGGUGUAAUAUUUGGAAUCUUCAUCUAUUAUCAUCAACCCGGGUCGGCCUCGAUCGUCAUUGAGACCUCAUUUUCAAUUUUGAGUAACGAAGACAAAUGAGGAAAUCCGUGAUAAUUGUUUGUGUCAGCUGCUGUAGUAAUCCUUAAUCCUAGUGUAUUCAUUCAGAAUACCUUCUCUUGAGGUUCUUAAGUUUCGAGUUCGAGUUUCUUUUUUUUUGUCCGUUGGUUUGUUUUGUCACCUAAUUUCCAUGGAUUAGAUGUUCAAUCUUUGAAAAAAACAAAGUUUCAUUUUGUAUAUGUUGAUUGCAAGUUUGGUCAAAACUUUGUAUUGUGAAAGCGUAAUUUCUGGUUAUUAUUAGCCAUUCAUUAAUCAUGUUAUUAGGUUAUAUGAAUAAAAAUUUGCUAAAGGUAUUUGAUUGUUA